AUGUCCUACUCCACAGCCAGGUUUCAGGGCGACAGAUCCAAAGGGGAAGAAUCAGAACAGGAGAUGUAUAAGGAGAAGAGAACAGUGGAAAUUCUAGAGCCCUUAGUAUUUUUGCAAGAGAAUCUCAACCACCUCACCACCACCAAUGACUACUGGGAAUUCAUUUUUCCUCCCAUAGAUGAAGUGAAAAUAGAGUACAAGUUCGGAACUAGUGUCCUUUCAUAUGGCCACUUAUCUCAAAGAUAUAAAGGUGGCUUUGUCUAUAUAGCCACAGCUGAUCAGUCAGGGUCUAUUCCAGGUGGAGCCAAUCAGAGUCACUUCCCUGGAAAUUUGCAAUUAGAGACAGGAAACUACAUUUCCCAGCAUCCCUGGUGUGACGGAACUAUCUUUCCCAAUAGCCUGAGUGUGAGUCAACGAGACUUCCGCUUCUGCCCACGGAAAACUAAGGACGUGAUGAAUCGAUGGGCUUUACGGUGUCUCCGCUGUGAGGGCUACCAGGGCUAUUGGGCUUCUGUCCCGCGCAGGCGUUUCUCGCCAGCCCUGCGGAGAGACUUUUUAACCACCACAACCAAGGAAGGAUAUGAUGUCAGGCAAGUUGACAUAACUCCUUUAGAGCAAAGGAAAUUAACUUUUGAUACCCACGCACUGGUUCAGGACUUGGAGACUCAUGGAUUUGACAAAGCACAAGCAGAAACAAUUGUAUCAGCCUUAAGCAGUCUAUCCAAUGUCAGCCUGGAUACUAUCUAUAAGGAAAUGGUCACUCAGGCUCAACAGGAAAUAACAGUACAACAGCUAAUGGCUCAUUUGGAUUCCAUCAGGAAAGAUAUGGUCAUCUUAGAGAAAAGUGAAUUUGCAAAUCUGAGAGCAGAGAAUGAGAAAAUGAAAAUUGAAUUAGACCAAGUUAAACAGCAACUGAUAAAUGAAACCAGUCGAAUCAGAGCAGAUAAUAAACUGGACAUCAACCUAGAAAGGAGCCGAGUAACAGAUAUGUUUACAGAUCAAGAAAAGAAACUUAUGGAAGUGACCACAGAAUUUACCAAAAAGGAUAACCAAACCAAAAGUGUUAUUUCAGAGACCAGUAAUAAAAUUGACAGUGAAAUUGCUUCCUUAAAAACACUGAUGGAAUCUAACAAACUUGAAACAAUUCGUUAUCUUGCAGCCUCAGUGUUUACUUGCCUCGCAAUAGCCUUGGGAUUUUAUAGAUUCUGGAAAUAA